CGCAGCGUUUAAACUGGUGUUGAGGCGGUUUGUGUUGAGGUUUUCCCCGUAUUUUGAAACGAGUAACCUACUCGACCUAAAACACUCCAGUCAUGGCAUCAAAAGGAGCAAAAGAAACAAUAGCACAUAAACUAGGAUUUAAAAACAGUGGCUCGAAGUCCAUGGAAGCUGAGCUGGAGAAGGUGAAGAAAGAAAACGCCCAGCUGAAGAAGACUUUGGAUGAAAUGUCAAAGCGAAACGGAAAGCAUCCGCUUACACGUCGUGAUUCGGACAAAGCUAAACUUCUGGAGAGAAUUGUGUCCCUGGAGACUCUGAGGGAGACGAACGCUCAGCAGCUGUUGGCUAAGGAGCAGGAGAUUGCCAUCUUGAGACAGCAGCUGCGGACAGAGAGUGGAGAGGUGGUGGCGUCGCUGCAGGACCAGCUAGAGCUGAAGAAAAAGGAGGCAGAGCAGAAAGACAAAGUAUUCCAGGCCCUCUUGCAGGAGACAGAAGAGCUGAAGAACAAGCUUGUGACGGUCACGCAGAGAUCCCAAGCACUUCAGAAAAGCAGCACAGAGUUACAGGUUUCUUCGAGUGAGAUUACCAUGGUCCAAGAGCAACUGCGAGAUGCCUUGGAGAAGAACCAGCACUGGCUUGUUUAUGAUCAGCAGAGAGAGGCCUAUGUUCAGGGGAUUCUGGCAAGGACGGCAGAGCUUGAGCAGCAGUUAAACCAAGCCAAGCAAGCUCUCAAGCAACCACACAAAGAAGCCAAUUCAGAGGACCAGUCAUUGCCCACUGCUAGGCAAGAUCAGGAGCAAGUGCUGCAGGUAGUGCGACGGGAGCUACAGGAAGAGCGAGAGAGGGCAAGCCAGCUGCAGGCUAAGCUGAAGGAGCUGAAGGCCCAAUGUGAGGACAGGAGUCGGGAGGUUGCACGAGCACAAGAGGAGCGGAGGAGUGUCCAACAGAUGCUGUCUGAUGAGAGAAAGCUGGCGGCUGAACGAACAGCCAGACUGCAAAACGAAGUGAACGCGGCUGAUGCCAGACUAGAGGACGAAAGGAAAAGAGCAGCUGAGCUGCUGCUGCAGGUGAACCUGCUGCAGAAGUCCGUACUGAAACAGCACGAUGAGCAACAAAGAAUUACUCUUCUGGAGCAACAGAUCCAGAUCUCAGCCAAAGACUUUGAGAAUGAGAAGUUAGACCGACAGAGUCUACAGCACCAGCUCCAUAAAGUUCUGAAGGAGCUUCGCAAAGCCAGAGACCAAAUCACCCGUCUUGAGUUCACAAAACAGCAGAGAGAAGCACGUUUCUCUGAGCCGAGCUCAUACAACAGGCUGGACGCUCAGGACCAGAUCCUGACCGCCAUGUCUCCAACGAAGACUUACAGCGCACUGGAUGAGAGUUUCCUGGAAUGUCCCAAAUGCAGGGCAUCAUACCCCACCAGCCAACAUAGAGAACUCCUCAUGCACCUGGACUGCUGCUUCAACUAAAACG